AUGUCGGAUCAAAAAGGUGAUAUUGGAUCCGAUUACAAUCCCUUUGAACCCGCUUGGAAUGACACAACGAGUACGACAAUUGAGCCCGAUGGAGCGACGGAGAACUUGAGCUACAUAGUUCUCGUUCUGUCUCUUCUGUGCGCUCUGGGUUGUUUGAGCCAGUACAAACAAAACUGCACCACUAAAACUGCGUGGUACCUGCUGGCACCACUGAUUGCGGUCAUUGGCGUGAGUCUGAUCCCAAUGUCGCUUUUGAGUGUCAGAAUCGACGAUGGAACAACGCUGUUUUGCGCGAGUGAGACUGGAUUGGUGGAGCGUAUCAUGAGUUUGGUCGGAUUACCAGCUAUCUUGAUCAUCUCAGUGGCAACACUGCUGCUGCUAUAUCUCAUUCAGGGACGAAAAAACAGCGCCAACAACUCAGCUGCCGAAAAAGAGCUAAUCAUGGCUCUUGCCGGCACUUCGGCCAUGUACGCAAUAUUCGGAUCCAUUUCCUACUGCUUCGUGUUCUACGGAUUCUGGCUGCUGGUUGACUAUACCGUGAACGACCUCAUCUUCUACCAGGCCAUCGGCCUCCAGGUCAACACUCUCGGCAUCAUCUUAAGGAGUCCAAUCCUUCUCUUCAUGCAGCCGAUGCGAGAGGCUUUCAAACGAGGCUGGAAUGCCACCUUCUCAAAAUGA